AGUGUGUGUUUGUUUGUGUGUGAGAGAGACAGAGAGGCAGAGACUCAUUGGACCGCCGCUGUGUUGUGAAGCCAACAGAGUAGUCUGUAGUAACACAGAAGAGGGGUACAGUAGGAGGGUGCUUGCUCAGAGGAGUUGCAGGAAAAGUCAGAAGAAACAGUGGAGCAAGAGAAAAGACCCCCUUUUCCCUUCCUUCACAUCUCCCCCAGACAGAAGGAGGUAAACGGCCGGUAAGCAGAUAUUAAUAACCUGACAAAAGAGCACAUAACAUCCCUGUGCUGAUCAGACAGCUUUAGCGGGAGCAGCAUAACAGAGGAGCUCAGAUACAUAUAAACACACGCCGCCACACAAGCAAGACGAGCCCCCCUCGCUGCUCUCCACUCACUCAUGAUCAUCACUCCCACCACACGAAAGGGCCACGCUGACACAGCCAGAGGAGUGGAGGAGAGAGGACGCCUGCUGCCCAGUCUUGGGACUUUGUCAAAGUAAAAGUCUGCUCCUGGAUUUUAACCCCCGAAGCCUGUGUCCUCCUUUUUGCGCUGACCUUUCCAGCUGAGCCAAGAUGAGUUGCAGGAAGAGGUGCAAGCGGGAGAUCUUUAAGUUCGCACAGUACCUGUUCAGACUUGUCACGGGCACACUCAGUACCGACAGUGUUGAGGAUGAGCUUGAACUGUCCACAGUCCGUCAUCGCCCUGAGGGCCUGGAGCAACUUGAAGCUCGGACACGUUUCUCCCGCAAGGAGCUGCAGAUUCUUUACCGUGGCUUCAAGAAUGAAUGCCCCAGUGGAGUCGUCAAUGAGGACACUUUUAAAGACAUCUACGCACAGUUCUUCCCGCAGGGAGAUGCUUCAACAUAUGCACAUUUCCUGUUCAAUGCAUUCGACACAGAUCACAACGGGUCUGUGAGUUUUGUGGAUUUUGUCAUGGGUCUUUCAAUCCUUCUGCGAGGCACAGUCCAGGAAAAACUCAACUGGGCCUUCAACCUGUAUGAUAUCAACAAAGACGGAUAUAUCACUAAAGAGGAAAUGUUGGACAUCAUGAAGGCCAUCUACGACAUGAUGGGCAAGUGCACAUACCCCGUCCUCAAAGAGGAGACGCCUCGUCAGCAUGUAGAAGUAUUCUUUCAGAAGAUGGAUAAGAAUAAAGACGGAGUGGUAACCAUAGACGAAUUCAUCGACUGCUGCCAAAAUGAUGAAAACAUCAUGCGAUCAAUGCACCUCUUUGAAAAUGUUCUUUAACUUUUGGCUGACGGCGGAGGCUGUGGAAGAACUUCAUCUUUAGCUUGGCCCAAUAACUGACUUGGACUCAUACUGUGUACAGUGUGCUAUGCAGACUUUUGACCAUAAAUAAAACAUUGUUCAUUACUGUGGGCCGCAGGUAGGAGUAGGCAAUAUGGGUGGAACACUCUGGAGUUAACUGUCCCCGAAACGUUUGAUCCAAAUAAAAAAUUUUAAAAAAAAAGUGUUUUCCAGCUACAGGCUGAAUUCUUAAAAAUAAAAGUAAUCAACUUCAAGGUUGAUUUUCAGCUUUUUUUUUUUUUUUCUCUGGAGUGUGACUAUUUGCUGAACACCAAGUACUGCAUUGUCUGUGGCACUACAGCAUCGACACACAGGGAAUAACAGUUCUCUGAAGAAAACUGUUUCUUCUAUCUCGUCUGCAGCCUGGACUCCUUUAAUUUACUGCCAAGUGAAAUCACUGUGACUUUUUAUCGCUUCAAAAACCCAACUACAAAAUAUCUCCACAUGUCUUUUAUCCACAUUCCAGAUACUUUUUAGUGCAAACUGGCUCUUGGCUCCAGAGUGUUCCCACCUCGACUUAGUUUAUCAUUGUGGUCUUUAAAAGGAAGAAUUUAGGAAACAAUAUUGUACCAUUUUAAAUUGUAUAUAAACAGAUCAUAUGAUAGAUAAGAACUCUAUGAGAACCUUUUCGACUUUGUUCAUGUUUACUUGCCAACCAUAAAGAAACAACACAAGGAUUGUAUUGAUGUCAAAUCGGACCAUGAUAUUGAUGGUUUGUCUACAGAAGCACACAGGUAGCUAUAUUUACCACGAGUAUAACAUUAGACGAUGAAAUCUUUGUCAUAAGAUAAAUGCUGCUUUCAGUGUAUUUCAUUCAUGUCUUUUCCCUGUAAAGUAAACCGUCUAUCGAUAUGUUUUUAUUUUUGUUUUGAGGCACUGUUUAGAAGUUUACACUAAGGGCAGUGUUUGAGAUUAUUUAUAUCGUAUUAUGCUCAUUGUACAAAGGAUUGUCAGUUGUACAGUAUUAAAUGAAAAUUCGCUCUCGAGUGAAUUUCAGGUCUUUAGAUUUGUUCAUAUAAUUCACUGUUUUUAAUAAGGAUGGGCGCUGAGGUUUGUUGAUAUACAUGAUGUAACUUUGUAUUAUAGUCAUCUUUUUGGCUAAACUGCUCCCUGCUGUUUUCCUCCUCCUCCUCGUCCUCUUCGUCUUCGUCCUAUGGGCUUAAGUCCAGCUGCCCGCUCCCAUUCAGCCUGAGUGGUUCCUGUUGCGUGCAAUUGAAGCAUUGAUUGGCCCCAAAUGUGAGCAAACACAAGGCAUGCUGGGUACAAGUCUCACUUACUGGCUUCCUGUCGCUCACUGGAAAUGAAUGGAGAGCAGUGUGUGGAAGCGAUGAAAGUAAGUGUUUCAACGUUCUGUUUGGUUUUGUUUUAUGACGACAUGGGCACAGGACGUAUCUUCAGAACCAGCUGAAAACCUGACUUGGACUUUGCAGAAUUGAACAACGUAGUUUUACUUUCAAGGCUGUCGUCACAACAAACAUAUCUCCUCAGUGAUGCAUGUUGGUCUCCAUUAAUUUAGUCAAUAAAAAGCUGAAUUUUGCUAAUUUGUAAUAUUUUCAACCAUGUUACCAGAUGUAAUCUGUAUAUUUCCAUCAAGAAGAAGCUUCAAACCUGUC